AUGAGCGGAGGCCAUCACGAAUCCAUUAACGAAAUUCUUCAGAAAGACACUGAGGAUGAAUCACUCAGAAAAUACAAGGAACAACUUUUAGGUGCUGCAGUCAAGGGAGUUCCAAAGACUGAUGACCCUCGUCGUGUUGUUGUAGAGACAUUUGGAUUGAAAUUCCCUGACGGAGAUCAUCCAGAUAUCAUCAGAGAAGUUGAAACUCCAGAAAAGGUUGCCAAAUUAGAACACGAACCAAUUAAUAUCAAAGAAGGAGUGAAAUAUCAAUUUGUGGUUACAUAUAGAGUACAACAUGAUAUUGUUCCUGCCUUGCACUUUGUUAACACUAUCAAGAAGACUAUGGUGACUGUUGAUCAACAGAACACAAUGAUGGGAAGCUAUGCUCCACGUGUUGAGCCAUAUACCUACAAGUCACAACCUCAAUAUGCUCCAAGCGGAAUGUUGGCUCGUGGAUCAUUCAAGGCCAACACCAAAUUCGUUGAUGAUGAUGGAAACACCCAUUUGGAAAUGAAUUAUAACUUGGUAAUUAAGAAGGAUUGGACUGAGUAA